UCUCGACAGACUGGACGCACAAUCUCACGCUCCGGGAAUGGGAUCUGUACUUGGUUCAAAGAAAAACUUCCAGUUCUUUCGAGUUUUCGCUCUGCAGAGGCUACUCUUUAAACUACAGGGAUAGUUGUCACUGCAGAGUGACCGCAGCAAAGAGCCAUUAGCUGACCAAUGUUCUCCCAAGACGCAUCAGGUUUUCUGAUUGUCAUUGAGUUUUGGAUGCUAUAGGAACCAGCACAGCACAGAAGUUGCCUCUGCUCAGGCUGAUUAUGCAGACAUCCUUGCGUUUUCACACAAGAGUUAUUACGAGGCGUGCGUAAAGUACUUAUGCGUAAAGCUGGAGCUUUUGCGCACGUGCCAAUUAGUUCAAGAGGGCAGCCUGGAUAAGAAAGCGUAGAUAACCGUUAAAUAUUCAAUCUCUCACAAGUGUUAAUGACAGCCAUGGCAAAAUGGUUCAGAGAUUUCCCCAUCAACCUCAAGAACGGAAAUGAAAGAGUCCGCUCGGCCUCCGAAUCCGGUCCACAAACUCGACCCAAACCCACGUUUUCGCGAGACAGUUUGAAAGCAAAUCAGCGAAAGGAUGGAGGGGUCGGGGGGUUGUUAGCGGGGAGAAAUAGGAAAAAUUCGGCUACAGAACUGGGUCGCAGUAACGCUGGGACCGUCUGGGACAGUCUCACAAGUGGAAAAAGUCGCAAGAAUUCCAAGAUCGAGACUGGGACACCCGAUGAGAACCGCCAGGUAAGGACCACCAGUCUGGCGCAAGCGUACAUCAGCAGGAUGAUCAAAGUGGACAAACACGACAAGACCCCCAAACUCAACGGGAUAAGUGAACAGAAGGUGCCUGACAACGACAAGGGAAGAUCUGAUAUCAAGACAACACUGAUUAUUCUCGAGGACUAUGCAGAUCCUUUUGAUGCAGAGAAAACUAAGGAGCAGAGAGAGGCUGAGCGAGCAGGGAUGAAUGACGGCUACAUGGAGCCUUAUGAUGCCCAGGUCAUCAUCACAGAGGUUCGUAGACGUGGCUCCAAAGACCUCCUGAAAGUGUGUGUUCUGCUGGACCGUGGCCACAAAGAGGAAAAGGGAGAAGAGAGCAAACCUGCGCCCCCAAAUAUCUAUGACACACCAUACGAGGGUGGACUGGACGGAGCUAGCGACGGUGUGUGGAUCCCCGUCACACGACCAGAGUCUGACGUCCGUCCCGCUGGAGAGUACGAGCUGCCCUGGGAGUGGAGAAAGGAGGACAUUGUUAGAGCACUGUCAGCUCAGUUUGAGGCAGUGGAUUGUUCUCCCAGUAAAGAGAACAGUUCAAACUCCAGCCGCCAGCAACAGCAACAGCAGCAGCAGCAGCAGCAGCAGCAGCCGCAGCCACAGCCGCAGCAGACCUUGAGACAGAAGAACUGGAACCAUAAAACACUUGUCUCCUCCACUUCAUCCUCCUCCUCCUCUGCCUCCUUCCCCUCCUCUCCUAUUCUCAAGCUUUCCCCCCUCACACCCACAUCUCCCUCCUUCCCCACACUGAAACUCUCACCCUCGUCCAGCCCUAUCAGACUUUCCCCUCCGUCCCCGACUUCCAUUGGUGCCCCACUGGAUGGGGAUGAAGCUAAAGUGGACCCCAGUUUGGCCCUGGAGAAGCAGAGCUGGUACCAUGGCAGUGUGAGUCGACAGCAGGCUGAGGCUCAGCUGCAGCGCUGCAGGGAAGCCAGCUUCCUGGUGAGAGACAGCGAAUCAGGAACCAGCAAAUACUCCAUCGCUUUGAAGACCAGUCAGAGCUGUGUGCACAUCAUUGUGGCCCAGACUAAGAGCAGCAAGGGCUUGGGCUACACCCUGAAUCAGAGCAGUUGCGUCUUCUCCAGUAUUCCUGAGCUGGUCCACCACUACUGCACACACAGGCUGCCAUUCACUGGAGCUGAGCACAUGACCCUGCAGCAUCCUGUGCUCAGGACACACUGAACACGUGUAAAGGACAAACACAAAAACACACACACAACACAUUUUUGCACGGACGCACACAAACUUAAACCUACAUGUGUACAGAUACAUGUGUACUGAAUUGGAUUUCCACGUGCAAUGCUUUACUAAGUUUGUUGGGGCUUCCAAGCGCUACCUAGUGGCCAUAAGUAGGCACUUCAGUAAACACUGAUGACACUGCUGUAGUGCUGACUCUUUCACAUGCGCACACACACACACACACACACACGCAGUCUCUUCUUCCACUGCACCAUUGUUUUGUGUGUCGGCUCAUGCCGAGCUCAUUGAUCUGCGCAUUACCUGCAACAAUGCACAUGACGUGCUUUACUUACUCGUGCCAGUAGGAUUAUUUGAAACAAACGGAGAGGCUAAUAACUUCUUCAUGAGCUGCCCCUAACGCAGAGGUGCUGACAUCAUUACUUAGCAUCAUCGAUUAAUACACGCGAUUGGAGUAUAUUCAUUCAUCCAUCUGACGUGUCAAUCAGCUUAUUGAUCUAUCCUGGAAACCAGGCUGAUUUUCCGUCUUUACCACUCUGUCCGUCAAGAGAAAGCCUUGUAUUGAUUAGAUGAUUAGAACUUGUGUAGAGGGAGGGGUCAUGUGACAUAAUGGUAUAAAGACAACAAAAUAGUUUGACUGUGGCCCAUUUACUGGCCUUCACUGUAUUUAGAAUGUAUGUUUAUUUUAAAGAUAUCAUGUUGUGAAUGGACCCAAAAAUGUACCUAUUGUAAGCAUUAAUGACGUAAGUUUGUGACUGAACGUUCGCACGGUGAUGUUGGUUGUGUAUUAUUGUUGUAAAACAUUUAUUCAGUAAAUAAACCUCUAUUAAUAAACAUUCAUAUUCA